AUGAAAGUAAAUAAAUUAAUAUAUAUAAAAUAACUGAAUUAAAAGAAACAUAAGAAAAAUUAAAAUAUAAAGAAAAAAAAUGAAAAUCAACUAGAGACUUAAAAAAUAUUUGAAAUGGCAACUUAAUUAUUAUAUAAUUAAUUAUUUUAUGAUGUAACAAAUGAAGGAAAACAUGAGGAUGCUUUAAAAUUGUAUUACAAAUGAUUGAGCCUUUUGAAUUAAAUUGGUAAGGUUUUUAGAUGGAAAAGUAUAGAAUAAUGUAAUAUGUCUCGAUUAGUCAUUAAAUAAAAAUUUAUCAUAUUUCUGUUAAAUGGAAGAAGCUAUUGAAUGCUACGAUAAAGCCAUAUAAUUGAAUCCUAAAAAUAAUAGUGCCUAUAAUAACAAAGGUCAAUCCUUCAUUUUAUUAAUAGCUAUGGCUUUAAUUUAGGAGUAUGCAUUUUAUGUUUACAUCAAUUGCAAUAAUAUCAAGUGGCUAUAAACUUUUAUGAUCAAGCUAUUAGCCUCAAUAAAAAAGCAAUUAAUUUUACAAAUAAAGCUAUUGACAAAAUUACCAUACUUAAUUAGCUUAAACUUUUAAUAGAUGAUUGACUAAUAUACUUUUAUUAACUUUGGAAAAAAUAUAGAAGCAAAAUAAUGUUAUUUGAAUGCGGUUAAUGCAUAAUUUGCAAAUAAAGAUUACAUAUAAAAAUAACUGUUCAAGUUAUGA